UAAAUUCGGUUUUUGUGGCAUCCGGAAUAAUCAAGGUCUUGAUUACAUUCCGGGUAUCACAAAAACCUCAUCAAAUAAUUUAAUAAAUUAAAACACCGCGGCAAGCACAAAAUAAACUGCACAUUUCGAAUUAAGGAGUGUGAGUUUAAUUUCUCUGUUGACGUCGUGAUUCUAAUCGAGUGUGUUUGUCGUCUUUAAAUAGUUCUAAAACUCAAUGAGCAACUUUUCCGAGAGGCAGAUUUUGCUUUGGCAUGUUAUGGCCGAAUCCAAGGCCGAAUCUAUCAUGGCGUCAUUGCAUAUGUUUUCUUCUAUUAGUGUACAAUGUUACUCUUUGAAGGUGUUUUCGGAAAAAACAAUUCAAUUAGCUUAAUUUUAGGUUGGAAAAUGGUUGAUCUGAGAAAUGUUUUGAAGUUUUUCAUGUUGCUCUUUUCAAGAAAUAUUGAAAGAUAUUGAAACUUAUGUCAUACAUUAAAAAUAGCAAAAAUUGCGAACAAGUUAUGUAGCCAAUUCCAGGAAGUAAUUUUACCCAAGUUAUAAAUGUCUAAUUAAUCACAAGGCAAAUAAAUCAUGUAAGAUUGAAUAAUUUUUUUCUAUUGAUUUUGCGGCCCACUUAAUUUUUUGGGCUUUUUGUUUGAAAUCUAACAUGGCGGACUACCUGAUUCAUAACCUGAUUUGCUCAUCAUAUGACGUCAUCAAGGUACAUUAACAACCCUCUUUAUCUUAAUUUAUUUAUAUUUAUAAAGCAUUAUUAAAAUCCUGAAAAUGUUAUCAAGAAAACUUUGAAAUUCUCGAAUUUCCGAAGAGGCUGGGGAAGCUGUUCUGUCACCGGACAAAGAUAUAGUUUUCUCAGACGUACAGUUUUCACGCUGCUAUGAUACGCCAAUUUUUUUAGUGAGGACAAAAGAAUAUAGAUUUAUACUGCGUGGUAACAAAGUUAAGCAAGAAAACGGAGAGAAAUAGAGGGGAAAAAGACUACACAGACUAAACAAGUAUUUGACGUUUCAUUUUCUAGGUGUUUUUGCCUUGAGGAUCAUUCUACUGUUUUCUUUGUUUCGAUCCAGAUCUUCACAAUAUCCGGUGCUCUUCACUGGUUAUCCGCUGCGUUUUUGCUUAAGUAAAAUCACCCUAUGCGCAAAGGGGCUGGUUAACUAGGGUAAUUAAAAUUACCCUAGUUAACCAGGGCCUUUGCGCAUAGGGUGAUUUUACUUAACCCGUGAAGUAGGUAGUAGAAUACUACGCACCAACUAACUAUUGUAACUAACUAACUCUGUUGUCUUGUUUCGUUUAUUUGUAGCUAUUUUGCACUAAUUGUUACUAUCUGUUUCACGGUUCAAGUAAAAUCACCCUGUUUGGAGCGUGGUAAGCCUGUUACGGCCUGGUAAAGCUUGGUGAGACAGGUUUGACAGCCAGAAAAGCCUGGUUGGUUGACCCAGGUUUCCAUCCUGAGCUAUUUUUCUUACAGGGCAUAAUCCUUGCGGAGGAUUGCGCGACAAGCCGGACUCAAUAGCGAUAUUAAGCUAGCAGCCAUCAUUUAAUUUUUGCAUAAAGCAAGCAGCCAUCUAAAGCAUAACAAUGUUUAAAAUGGAAACUAUUUUCCAAGGUUAGAGUAAAUACUCAUUAGUUUUCCCCUUGUUGUAUAUCAAGGAUUUCUCAAAACCCAACAUCUUAAAAACUGAGUCAGUUAGCCAAUCAAUGCAACGCCAAAAAAAACUUUAAGGUGGUAGACAGUCGAUCCAAUGUGAGCUGCUCCUUCCGAUGUUUACUUUAUAAUUUUUCUACUUAUAGCAAUUCACGGUCUGAAAUAACUUUCUAAAAGUGGAAACCACAAGCUGAGAUAACCGACGCGUGAAUCCCUCGUCCAUUUUGUUCUUUAACGCCUGUCUGCACAAAUCCUUAAAACACAUAGCACCUGUUAGUUGUGAAUUGAAGGCUCUGGAAAGAAGAGAUAACUCUUCUGAUUUGAUGGAGAAGUAUUUUUCCUUUUCCUUGCAUUAACUACAAAAUAACCGUUUUUAAAAGAAAAAAUGCAGCUUUUUUGUAUUAUUAUUUUCGUAUCUUUUAAGACACCAUCGGUUGUUUUGGGUUGGGGUGAUAGAUAAUCAAAUGUAACAAGUUUCAAAGCAUUUUUCCCAAGGUGUUUACCUUUGAUGCCAAUGAAGCGUAAAGUGUUUUAUUGAGAACACUCCUCCUACCUGCUUGACUAUCAAAGACAGUUAUCGCAACUGGUAAAAAGCGGAACAAGUUCUUUGGUUCGUUAACCUCGUCAAAUUCUGUCUCUGUUCUUAAGACAAGUUUGACAGGCCUCAAUUGUGGAUAAAAGGACCUUUGGCGCCUUUUCAUGCCAGGUUUGCGUCAUCGAGGUUCUGAAGCUAAAAGAUCUUCUAAAUUUAGCGAGAAAGCUCACUCGAUUAUCAUGAAAAAUUCAUUGAUUUAAAGUAGUCCUCUUCCUGACUUUAAGUUAGAAGGGUUGACGUAAUUUUACAAUCUUCUUGGUUUUAUGUUUCAAAACCUUCCAAAGAAAAAUUUCCUCACGAUGAAGAAAACCAGAUUAUACCGGCGUUUUGUGUAGGUAAGUAAAAGUUUUGUUGUGUUUCGCUCCAACGCAGCCCUUCCCCAGAUUUAUCAAGACGUGUACUUGUUGUCUAAUUUAGGCAGAAUUAUGGUCAAAGCUGUUAAAGGACAACGAAGGUACAACUGCUUCCUAGACCAUCCAUCUACCAAAAUGAUAAUUCUCUACGUAAUCUAUUCCACACUGCUUGUCUUCAAAAAUAGUUGGCUGUACCUUUUGUCGCGAAAAUCGUCGUAAUCAGUCAAUAUUUUCCGAGCGCAUGAACGACAGACGGUAGAUAACACCCACUCGAAACUAUAGACUAAACUACGGUAUCAAAUUGUGGCCGAUCGCCGCCGUCAGGGUUUGUUUUCAAGUUAAGGCUGGGUAUUAAUUAGCCUUGCUUGUUAUAGGUCCAGGACUGGCUCAAUAUUAUCAAAGACGACUUUCAUGAGUAUAGCUCUAGCGUAUUUGUAUUUUCAUUUAUUUCAUCAUUAAUUUUAUCUGCGACUCUUCACUUUCGUAUCAAUAAAGAUUUCUAUUUUGAAGCAGUAAUGAGGAAAAAAAGAAACAAGUAGCAGAUCGAUUCGACCGAGCUCUAGGCUUCUAAUAUCUUAAGGCAAGCUAGUUGUAGAAUUCGUUGUCCCUUCAUGAUUCUUAUUUAUUUUCCAAAAUGCUCUAAAGUUUUGAAUGGCACCAUGUUUUUCCUAUAUAUCUUGUUUGGACGUUUAAAAAUGGUUUGGACUGCAGGUGUGUAGGGUUUACUUCUUUUGACAUGCAGAAACUGAUCAGAGUAUAACAGUUGGAGAUUUUUUGAAGGAGAAAAUUUUCUUAACUGCAAAACAAGUUGUCCAUGUGACUUAUUGUUUCUAUGAUGUAACUUAUUUUGACCUGGUAGAAGCAAUUGUAGAUAUUGACUUCUGUUGCUACAUGAAUCGUCUUUGACUUUCGGUAAAGCGGCAAUUAAAUACAAACUGUCUGCAUAAUUUAUAGUGUUCUCUAAACAAUGAAAGAUUGAUUGAAAACUGCAAGAAAAAAGAGCAGUUUUAUUCUUUAUAGCCUUUUUCUAGCGAUUCAAAGAAGCGAAAUCGGUAAAAGGGCACUAUUUCUGUUUUCAAAAGGAGUGAAAUUGAAGGAGAGGGGAGGGGGUGCUCUAAGAGGUCGUAUAGCUCGUAGUUGAAUUUUGCCUUCCUUUUUGAAUGUCCAAGAUAGCGGAAGCCCAAUCGAAAUUGUGUGCAUAAUUUAGAAAUACCUGCAUUCUCAAGUGCAAUGACCAUUUCCAAUGAUUACGUCCGGCCCAUGCCAGAAGCCUAAAGUUUCCAAGUGAGCUACUGGGUUGUGAAACAUUAGAAAGCUACAAAAAUUUUAUCCUGUUGUUAGUGCGAAUGAAAGUAUCGUUAAAAGUAAUAUAUUUAUGCAUCUUUUUCAAGAUAUCAAGGUUUCUUAUAAGGCUAUAGCUACUUAAUUAUUUUACUCCUCUAAAUAAUUUGAAACUUAUUUUUGCGUUUUUAGAUAACUGAAAAGACAUCCAGAGGAUUUGUGGUAAAAUAUGGAUCUACCAUGGCAAUUUCUUUUGUACUUGAUCUUACUCAAGUCGAUAGCAAGAGGUCAAAGUAUGUGUGUCGAUUGUGCCUUUGUAAAAGUUUGACUGUUAAACACAGCUUCCUAUUCAGAGUCUUCUUAUCUUCUUGUCUCAAUCACCUGGAGCUAGCGCUUUUGUCUUUUCUUUUCUUUCUUUUCUUCGGUCUCGUUCAAUAUCAUUGUCACUUGAUUAAAGGAAAUAUGAAAUGUGGUUUUAAUCUGUGGGUGAGGAUAUGUACACUAAAUCGUAACAUUAUGAUAGUGUGACCAAUAAAAUGAAACUUCUUCGGUGCUUUCUUGAAUAAUGCAGCCGACUUUUUUUCUUUUCUUUUUUUUUUAAUUUUACAGAAGAUGAUUGAUACUGUUAUAAGACCGGGAACAACCUUCUCAAAACGAACUCCCUCCGCUCUUCAGUGCUUUUUGUUUGCUUUUUAUAAGCAUAAUACCUUUCUUUCUUUCGCUCCCGACAGCGACAGUCUUAUGAAGAGCUGGCAUUAUUUUUGCUUUUUAAUAUAAAUCGCCCCAUGUAAGCGCAUCCAAGACAGUCUUGGAUUUUGGUUUCCACGCCGAGGAUUUUGGAUUCUUUGUUAAUUAGUAGCACUUGGAUUCCGGAUUCCGAUCGUUGGUGGUAUUCCGGAUUCCUUGCGCUGUAUUCCACAUUCCAAAGCACAGGAUUCCUGAUUCUACAGGAAACAUUUCCCGAAUAGACCUCUUUACCGAUACGGCGGCCAUAUUGAAUUAAUUAGAUGUAAGGAGUAUUAUAGGAUGUCCAGGGGGCACCCGCUCAGCAUUUGUGCGCGCCUUUCGGGCAAAAAGAAAACUUUACUGUAUAUUUCUCGGGAAAAAAGUGGUCAUUUAUAUUACAUCCAAACACGUCACAACGAUCUUUUUGCCUAUUACAACUUUUCUCUAGGAACACUUUAAGAAAAAUUGGGCCGAAAAGCGCUCGUAAAUACUGAGUGAGUAUAUCUGAUCGUGCUCAUGCCCCCUGAUACUCCUUAAAUCUAACUGAUUCAAUAUGGCCGCCGUAUCGGUAAAAAGGUCUAUUCCGGAUCCCACAAGCAAAAAUUUCCCGGAUUCGGGAAUCCGUAUUCCGUUCCAUAAUUAUAGGCGACCAUAAUAAAAGGCGAAUACAAAAACAUGAACUUAAUACUAGGAAAAUCAUAAAGAUCGCCCGUCAAAAGCUCAAUGAUUGAAGGAUUCCUUCUUUGUCACAUAUGAACUCUCUUAAUCUUUAAAGUCUUCCAGAUGUUUCUGAUGGACCAAAAAGGCGAAAACGCGCAAGUUCUAGAUACUGUUAAGCUUCCCACAUGCACACAUUUGGAUAUAAAACAUGACGUCACUUUACGUGGUGGAAUCAAGUCGGGGAAUUUUACAAAGCUUGGUUACUUGAGAGACAUGCAGACGUGUAUAGACGCUUGUUGUCAAGAUGAAAAAUGUGAUGUAGCAUUUAUGCCCGGUCAUGUGUGCUAUUCAGUGAGCUGUUUCAAUGAAAAACUUUGUGAGAGUAUUCCAGCCGUGCCCUCCAUUGCAGCCAAUAGGAGCGUAAGGAUUUCUCAUGUGGUCCGUGGUGGCGGAAAGGGAGAUGAUGUAGAACAGUUUAAGAAAACGCAGGGGAUGUCAAGAUACAGUAAGAUAACAAUUUCAUACUCUAAUUUUAACUUGCUUAUUUAUUGCUGGACGUUGAUUAGUGUAACCUUCUAGACUGACAAACUGAACCUUCCGACCAGUCUAGUCUUAGUACCCAACUCGCGCCCAUAUUUAAAUAUUUAGUUUAUUGAAUGUUAAAAACAGGUUCAGCUCGGUAAAUGCUUUCAAACGUAUAGUGAUUAUAGGAGUGACAUCACUUAGCUAAGAGAAACUAAAUGGACUAAGAUUAGGUUGCAGAACCUAUUCAAGCCCGAUAACGCCACGGUCCUCGUGCCUGUUGUGACGUAUCGGUUCUUUGAAAGUUUUAGUUGACAGUCCAGAUCGAGAACUACACAAAAAAUAUCAUGCAUAAAACUGUUCUGCUCAGUUUUCCAACCGGUGGAAGCCAAGAGGAGCCCAAAAAGUUGAAAGAAAUUGAAAAAAUAAGCGAAAGAAACAAGAAAAAAUGAACGGAAAACUCCCUCUAUCUUUUAAAUUUCACGAACAUCGGACCAAUAAUUUAAAACUUGAAUUGCUUUCUUCACAUUCUUGACCCAAAACGCUGUAUAUUUCCAAACAUAGCUUUUACCUUGCAAACAACAUGUCCCGGAGAGUCUGCAAUUGGCGUCAAAAUUAGUCGAGACACUUUGCCCUGAAGGGCUUUUCUGUAGUUUUACCAAUUUCAAAAGGAGAGGAUAAAGUUUCCCCUCCUUCGUCCCCUCCGUGCAAUGUUGUGUCACUGUUCCAACUACCUGUGAGAAACAACAAACACCCCAGCUUUAAAAGGUGGGGAGAGGGGGCGGGGGUGUUAUGGAUUGUUUUGUUCUCUGCAAUUACCCUACUUGAGUACAAAUAGGGUAACUUCUUAGCGUAUCAGCUAUCAUGAAUUAAUUAAAACUUGCUUAUCAAUUUUAUUUUGUCUCUUUUCUUCCUCGCAGCUAAUAAAAACAAAGAUCAGUGCACACCUAGUAGAAUAAUCAUAAAUCACACUCUAAAAGGAGGGAAAACAGCUGGCGAACUCAAGGAUUUAGGCCUGGUGGAAAGUGUUGAAGAUUGCAUCGACAAAUGUUGCGAUGAAAAAACCUGUGAAGUUGCAUUUUUAGUCGAUAAAAAGUGCCACUCUGUAGAGUGCUAUGGAGAUGAACUUUGUCAAAUCGAACCUGUAGAAGAUGACAAAUUUUCGCCCACUGUUGUAUAUAUGAACGUACGAAACGGCAAAAGAAUGAAAGAUAAAGGUUAGUUAAUUAGUAAAUAGGUUAUUAAUAACGUGGGUUAAGCUAGAUUUUUACAGAUUUAUUAUUUUAGUGGUGAUUAUUUCAGGGAAGGCAAGAGGGCAAAACAAAAUAACCACAAGUUAAACAAAUAUCUACUGGCGUUGACCCGCUUAAAAAGGGGUCCAAUAAUUGCAUGUCUUACAAUUACCGGCAUUAUUGGUGUUGUACAACGCAACCUUCUUGUUAGCUUAAGGUGCUCACCAAAAGUCAGAUGGCCAACCGAGAAAGUCAAUGUAUUUGGCUUUUUUCGACUGUUUUCGAUAACAAAAACCAACAUCUGGUAUUCAAGAGGCUGCGCGCGGCCAAGUUAGUGGUCAGCGCGUCGGUCUCGCAAUCCGGCGGUCCCGGGUUCGAGUCGCGCAUUAAUUGGCCACUUGCUGGAAUUGUUCUCAGUCGUCCCACUUGGAGAUCAAAUCCUCGGCCUCGCUUGUAAAUAGCUAACUUUGUUGCCUCCUGCCAGUUGGGGUUCUUACUCCUGUAUUUGUUUCUAAGUAUUUGAGAGGAGUGCCUCAUGUAAACUAGCUGGAUAAGCUUAGUGCACUUUGUAUUGUAAACAAACUCAUUUUAUUUAUGCAGUAUUUAUUUUUAUUUAAGACUGAUCUAGCUGGACAGUCCUGACUAUAUAAUAUAGCGGAAUUCUCUUGUUUAUGACUGGACUUGUCUGUCCGGACAGUUUAUCUUUAGUUUGCUAAGAAGGAAUGAGUCAUAUCAUUGAAUUCUUCCCUUCCCUUUAAUUUUUCCCUUCAACAGAAACGUGUAGUUCGCCAUGUGUGUCAGGAGUUUGCACGGCCAAAAACAAGUGCACAUGUGAUCGGGGAUUUGAGGGUUCCGAUUGCAACCAAACGGCUACCACAGGUAACAAAUGUGAAGAGAAAUUAAAGUUUUAAAUUAACCCAUUCACUCCAAAAAAGGCCUAGGUGAAGAAACAAAACAAAAACAAACAAACAAAGUUUAAAUUUUUGGAAAAUCCUAAAACCCUAAUACUCCUUUUCAAAAGUUCUACCAAAUAUAAACGUUUUCAUUGGAGUGGUAACGAUUAUUCAAAAGAUUUUGCCCAGAAGAGAGGCAACCUUUAGAAUGAAAAAUCAUCUCGCCAUAACCUGGUUUAGAAGUGAAUGGGUUAAACAUCAUGUGGUACAACCUCAGUGUAAUAAGAUUUGUGUUCGAUUUAUUACAUUUGAUUUACUUGAUUCUGAAACUGAGAUAUGCUCUCUUAUUCCCAUCAGUUUGCUAAAAAACUGAAAAGCACUAGUAUUUCUCAGGAGAACACUAUUCUAGACGCAUGCUUAUUUCGGGUAGGCAAAUUGGUCAGAUUUCAAUCCCAAAUGCAUUUAUCCAAAAUUUGCCAAGUUCAGGCCCCAGUAGUCCAAAAAGUGGAUAUUUUUGUGCCCCAGCGGAGGCCAGCACCUAUCGUGCUGCUUUCGAGAUCUUCUUAUACCAAGGAGUUUACCUGCAAACUCGACUGUUCGUCGUACCUGUCUGGCUAUUGCACGAGAGACCAUGAAAGCAGCGAUAGAUGCUGGCCUCCGUUGGGCAUAAAAAUAUAUUUUAUUCCCAAUCAGAGACAAGCAUUGGAAUGAGUCGUGGAACCGUGUCGUUAAGAGUGGCAUCCCGGGGGCUCCGUCGACCGUUCUUGAAAACUUUCGCCGCCGUAUUUCUCGACCCGACAGACCGCCCCUGGGACUGCGAGUGUGCAUCUUAACGCUGUAGCGCUUUCUUUACCAGUUGUAAGAGUUUUUUUGCAACAUUUUGCAACACAAUAAUCAGUAUUAAUAACAACUCCGUUAAAAAAAAUUCCCUGCAAAACACACACAGGUUGUAGUUUUGGGCUUCAGACGGUUUGGUUUGCUCAGCAUAGCUAAGACCAUAGCAUCAUCAGUUGCAAAACUGAUGAUAAGCUUAAUAAACUAACAGGAUUCUGUGGGUUCUCUGGAUGUGGUGAUUAUGGAAAAUGUUCGUUCAACGACACUUGCAUUUGCGAAAAAGGAUACUUUGGUCACCUGUGCAAUGAAACACGUAAGUGAUUAAUCUAUAACAUAUUGAGGAAGGGAUCAAUUGUAACAACUUCAACGGAAAAUUUAUUUAUGCGAGUUUUUAAAAAAGGCAAUAUGUAGCUGUUUCCCGUUUGCCAAAACCCACAGAUUUUUUACCUUCAGCUCUGUGAGAGAAGGGUCUAAAACAAAAUUGUCUUUACUUCAGUUAGUGCCUUUAAGAGUACAAUUCAUCUUUUCGAAACUCCUCUAAAGGUUUGUUUUAUUACUUUUAGUUCUUUUCUAAUUUUAUGGUCUACAAAAUAAUCUCUGUGUUGACCGAUAAUUUAUGUCUUGUGGACUUGCCAGUCAAUAAAUUGUUUUACUCCCGGUCAUGUUAUGGACUGCAAUUAAAUUUUAGGAAAAUACUUUACCAUGUUUUUAAUACAUAUAUUUUCAAAUGAAGGCUGAGUGUAGAAAUCAAUUUUCUGAUGGAUCAUUUUUUUUGCUCCUCCUGUUCGGGUCAACUACUUUGAACUGCUUUGAAAAAUUCAAGCCCAAGGAGUAAUAGCUACACUACUUUGUUUACCUUUGUGAGAAUAUGUGUGGGAGAACAAAAAUUCCUGUUUUGAAUUAUUCUCUACAGUUACCUGUAACCCACCUUGUGAACAUGGAAGAUGCAUCGACAAUACCUCAAAUGCUACAAAAUGUUAUUGUGUAAUCGGUUGGGAGGGGCAGUUCUGCAACAAGUCAAAUGGAGGUGAGAGUACUCGGUCUAAACAAGCACUAGCUUACAAGAGAUUAAAGUUAUGGAUGCUGCAGGCAAUGGUUUUCACGUGCUCAGCUGAUUUGCCAAUUUUUGAUUCAAAAUUGAAAUCUAAGUGAAUUAAUUUAAAAUGUUUAGUUUAGAAAGAUUCUUUUCGCUACUUAAAUUUUGGUGACAGUUUUCACUUUUUUAUCCCUCGCAGUUACUGCUAGAACAAUGCAUCUAAAAGAGGCUCACUCAUGGUAUAUAGGCAAUGGUUCUUUUUUCGACGCAAAGAGGCCACCAUGGCUAAAGUAAAGCACGCCUGAAACACCCGUAACUUUAGUUCAGUUCUUUCAACCUUGGCAGGAUUAGCUCAGCUAGUUAGAGCGCUUUUAGAGCGCUUGACUGCGCUCGACUCCCUAAGCUGGACUAAAACUCAGGGUCAUGAUAUAACUUUAGAAACAUAGGUAAUGCGUUGGGGGCUCGGAUGACCUCGUAAAAUGGCAGUCCCGUCUCCAGAAGGAGAGGUAAAAAUAGUUUCCUUAAUUAGUACUUUUGAGCAAAAUACAUACACACUCGACGAAAGUGCUUUUUCUUUCAACAGAUGUCAUUAAAAAAUUACACUUUUUCUUUUCAUAUACAUUCGUUUUUUUUUUUUUUUUUAAUUUUUUUUUUUUUAUUUCAUUUAGAUAAAAGACUUUAUUCUACUUCAGGAGGCGAAGUGUUGUUUACAAAAUUGGAUCAAGAGGCCGAGAUGGAUAUAAAGGUAACAACAACAACAAAGGUCCGGGGGGGGCUGCUUUGGGAGAUAAACGUAAUGAGAGCAAGUGACACGUGCACCGGCCUACGGCCAGGCCAGUACCUCACGCAUGCGCAAAGGCAUAUCACCAGGCACAAGGUAGCCAUGGACAGCUGCUUCACCCUUAUUAGGGCUCAUCUUCAUAGUACAGCUGUCAGACCUCUGUACCUUCAAUGGCCUAAUAAGGGCGAAACAGGUGUCCAUGACUACUAGUCUUCCCAGGUGGUAUGGCUGUGUGCAUGCGACCAGGCCCAUGGGUUGGUGUUCUUGUGUCACUUGCUCUUGUUGCACUUACUUGGGAGAUUAACAAAUUCUUCUGGUUAGGGCUGAAUCGAUUAUUUUUUAUUAGUAAUGUUGCCGAAAUGGUGUCCCACUGAUUUUAAACAUGAAUACCUCGCAGGAAAAUAAUAAGGAUGCGCGAGGUAGAUUUAUAAGCAUAAAAGGUUUACUUGCUAUGGCAUUAUUUGCAAUCGCUGCAAAAAUGUGACCACCGAAGAGACUAUAUAAGGCUUAUUAAGGCUCUUGCCAGUACACAGCAAAAGUAAACCCAGUUUUCCUCUGCCCCCUCUACCUUGGUCAUCAUAUCGUCUCAGCUAAUUGAUUCUCGGUUUUAGCCAGAGAGGGCAAUCCAUGCCAAUUCAGUUAUUUUAUGUUCAUUUCUCUUUUUAAAGUAAGCGGUUUUGUACAAUUACUGAAAGCGCUAUAUGGAUUGAGACUAGUAGACUUAAUGUACGGUAAAACGGGCAACUUUUGCGCGUUUUAAUACCCAAGAAUCAAACCAGUUUUACAACAAAUCAGGUUGCUUCGGGUUGCGAAAAGUUGUUACAGAAAGGAGAGGGUAGUUCUAGUUUUUGUGUGGAUCCAACGCAAACUUGUUUUCCAGCAGGUGACGUAACUCCCGUGUACGGUGUGACUCUCGCGUUGUUUUAUCCAAUCAGAACUCAGUUUCAUGCAACUUGCAGCAACCUGAUGUGUUCCAAAACAUGUUUCCCGGUGGGUGGUCAAACGCACCAACAUUGCUUACAAACUUGUUUUGUACGGUUUUUGUUACCCGUUUUCCCGCAGCUUUAGACAUGGUUAGUUACUAGUACGACACAAUAACAAGGGGUAAUCUCUGGCUCUCUUUUUUCAUUUCAGAUUCAUCAGAUACCUUCCAAAGGAGCGGAGUCCAUUUCAGCACUUGCUGUGGCCAUCGGUUGUGGUGUGGCAGCAGCAGUCGUGGGAACAGCCACUGUCGCAUUUAUCGCGAAAAAAAUACUGGGUAAAAAAUCUACAACUUACGAGUUGCUAAGAACACCUAUAAGACAUAAGACAUGA